CUUUGGCCCCUAAGCAAAACGUUCCGGCGCGGGGAAUCAUGUGUGUAUUGUAAACAUAUUGUAAACACCGCAGAAUAUUAAAAAACAGUGCUGAUCAGCAAAUAUGGUUAAAGUAGUAGCAACAUUAAGAAUCACUUCACCAACUUUUAGAAAAUUAUAUGUCCAUGGAAGUAAAUGUCAGCCAAUACGACAUAAAAGUAUUUCAUCCUCUGGACAGCCACCACUCAAUGUUCCUCUAGCAGGGCUUCCGACUCCUGUCUACAUAAGUGCAGAGCAAGCUGAUCACACACUGAAGAUGACAGUAUUAAAAAAUGGAAUGCGUGUUGCAACUAUCCCAUAUUUUGGAAACUAUUGUACUAUAGGAGUUAUCAUUGAUGCUGGAGCAAAACAUGCUGGUAACUACGUUGGAGGAAUUACCCACAUGCUUGAAAAACUAGCAUUCAAUAGGACACUUGCUUAUGACAGUAAAGACAGUAUUUUAUUGGACUUGGAGAGGUACGGAGGAAUAUGUGACUGUCAGGCUGACAGGGACUUUAUCCUGUAUGCUGUUUCUGCAGAAAGCCAAUCUGUAGAUCCUGUUACUCGAAUAUUGGCUGAAACAGUAGUUCGUGCGAAGAUCACAGAAACUGAGUUGAGAAAUGCUAUCAGUGCAGUGAGGUUCGAUGUAGAUACGUUAAUGUCAAAACCUGAGCAGGACCAAAACAUGACUGAAUUGAUACAUGCUGCUGCUUUUAAGGAUAAGACAUAUGGAUUACCAGCAAUAUUGCCUCUGGAAAACAUAAAAAGUAUAACGAAGGAACUGAUCUAUACAUAUAUGAAAAACUACUACACACCAUCUAGAAUGGUAUUGUGUGGUGUUGGUGUCGAUCACCAAACUACUGUUAAAGCAGCUGAAAAAUACUUCCAGGAUAUGCCACCAAUCUGGGAAGUAGAAAAGAAUCUUACAUUGGAAGGGAGCAAAUACGCUGCACAGGAGCUUACCCCAGAAUAUGUCGGUGGUAUAGCUUGGGACUGCUGUGAAAUACCGACAUAUGCUAAUGCGGAUCUUCCACAGUUAGCACAUGUGGUCAUUGCUCUCAAUGCAUUCCCGUAUGCAGAUCCAGAUUUCAUUUCACUGUGUGUUUUAAAUUUGAUGAUGGGUGGAGGCAACUCGUUCAGUGCUGGUGGCCCUGGAAAGGGAAUGUAUUCUCGGCUGUACAUAAAUGCUCUUAAUAGGCAUCACUGGAUGUUUUCGUGUUCUGCAUUUAAUCACUCAUACACCUCUUGCGGCUUGUUUGGAAUCCAUGCCAGUUCACCACCAGAUUAUUUAUCAAGACUGAUUUCAAUUAUUGUGAAAGAGCUUUGUGCAGUGGCUGUUGAUGAUAUUAGACAUCCUUUAAAGCGGGCAAAGGCCCAGUUGAGGUCACUGUACUUAAUGAAUCUAGAAUCAAGACCAAUGGUAUUUGAAGAUGUGGCAAGACAAGUCAUUGCCCUAGGUUCGUGGAAGGACCGUGAUUAUUUCAUCAAAGAAAUGGAUAAAGUGACAGCACAUGACGUACAACGUGUAGCAAGGCGCCUACUUGCUUCACAGCCAUCGGUCGCAGCUCGUGGUGAAAUUGCAGGAAUGCCUUCGUAUGAUGCAAUUUGUCAAAAAUUUAGAAGCUCUUUGAACUGAAGUAAUUUAUUAUGAACGUGAACAACAAACAUAAAUAAUUUCGCCUAAAAUGGAGCCAAAUUUUCGUAAACUGCGUUACUGUAUUGCAUUGUUUUAAUAUAUUGAAUGUAAGUUACCUGAAGGCUUAUUGUGUGUGUGUGUGUGUGUGUGUGUGUGUGUGUGUGUGUGUGUGUGUGUGUGAGUGU